AUGAAUUCUUCUCUAAUAUCAAUUUCUAUUGAUUUUGAUAACCUGGAUGAACUUAUGCAUAAACUUGAAAGAUAUCAUAGUUUUGAAAAAACUGAUGUUAAAUCAGGACAAGUAUCUGGAUGUGUUUAUAAAUUACCAAAAUCAGAUAUGACUGCUGUCUAUCAUCAAAUUUUUAAUUUAUUUGGGGAUUCAAAUCCUCUUCAUGUCGAUGUUUUUCCUGAUAUUCGAACAAUGGAAGCUGAAGUUGUUCGUUGUGUAGCAACAAUGUUUCAUGGUGAUGAAAACGUUUGUGGAACGAUGACAUCCGGUGGUACAGAAUCAUUAUUAAUGGCAUGUAAAACUUAUCGUGAUUUCGCUCUUUCAAAGGGCAUUACUAAACCUGAAAUGUAA